AUGCCGGGUUCUCCUCCGGUGUGGACGCCGGGUGUGGGAUCGCAGGUAUCCCACAACACAAGAAUCUUCAAGGAGCAUCGGGAGGACAAAAUCAGGGGCUGGAGGAAGGCGGCUGUCUUCGGCCAGCUCGCUCAGCAGAUUGCCGAAAACAGCGUUGGUGUUGAGGACCUUCGCUGGGCGAGAUUACGGUUCUCCAGGAAUGGAGCCAUAUCCUUGGCUUGCAAGGUUAUGAUCGAAGACGCGCAUGGGCAUUCGAUCCCCAUGCUCGCAGUUACUCGAGUCGCCGUCCCAGCACAUCGUUACAAGUAA